UUCGCAAAUUACUCCAGACUGUCUACAACAAAACGCUCACCGAGUUACACUUUGGAAGAUUUUUGAGUUAUCGGCCGAAGCUUGGAGGUUUGGGAAAUUUUAUGUUCCAGUCUGCCAUGCUUGUAGGCUGUGCUCGAAAGAAUAACAGGAUCCCAGUACGUAUUACCGAGGACUCUAGGAUGGAAUUUUUUGAAGGAAUGGACAUAGGUUUCAUUAAUCAAUCUGUUCUGUUUCCUAAUGAUUCAAUUGAAGCGCGAACGCUUGGCGAUUUUGGUCCGGGGAAAUUCAGUCCACUCUUUCACAACGUGAGUUCCCGCUUUCCCGACCAUGCUGUAGCCUUAUCCGGCUUCGGCCAGUCAUGGAAGUAUUUCCAGGUGCAGCACCAGAAAUCCGCGCGUUGUUCACCUUAAAGGAAACUAUCCAGCGGGAAGCUAUCAACGCCAUCCUGGAGGGGAUGAACAUCCUGCGCAAUCGUGACAUGCUAUUCACCAGCGUGCAGGCUGUGCGCGUAGGGAUCCAUGUGCGACGUGGCGACAUCGUCAAUGACGCCGCGCAGACUGCACAUGGCCACGUGGCCGCCACGGAGGAGUAUCUUCUCCGCAUGGCGCAGCGCACCCAACGCCGCUACCCAUCCGCAGUUUUUUUUGUUCUCAGCAACGACAUAGAGUAUUGUCAGCGGUUAUUCCGCGAGCCCAACUUCAUCUUCGUUGCCGGUAAAGCGGCCCAAGUGGACAUGGCCAUAAUGACCUUUAUGGAUGUGAUGGUGAUGAGUGUUGGAAGCUUUGGUUGGUGGUCGUCUUACCUUAGCGAUGCUCAAGAGGUCUUCUAUUUUAAGGACUGGCCGAGAAAUGGCAGUGAGUUUGCGAGAGGCGUUGCAGCUGAAGACUACUUUUUGCCCGCAUGGCAUGGUGAUAAUUAGAUGGGUGAUUACGCAACAGUGCAACUGUUCAGAAUUGAACAGCAGUAUUGUCAGUUACCGUACGUUACGUCAGUACACGGUUUUCAAGAGAAAUAUCGAGCAGUGCGCGCUUUCAACGUGGACAAAAAAAACGGCUAA